GGUGUCAGGAUGUCACUGUCUAUUUCUCCAUGGAGGAGUGGGAGUAUUUAGAAGAACACAAGGAUCUCUACAAGGACCUCAUGAGGGACAAUCAGCAGAAUUUGAGUUUUGUGAAGAAUGUAAGGAAGGAAUUUCCCCGGAAUGAGAAGAUAUUGAACCUCACCCUGGAGAUCCUCAGCCUGCUGACUGGAGAGAACUGUACAGUAAUGAUGAAGAAAUCUACUGAGAAUGAGACAAGAAGGAGAAGAUCCCCGAGAAUCCAGAAUCGCAUCACCAUCCCCCCACCUCCAUCCCCGAUCCCUACAAGACUCAACACACAGAAGAUUCUAGAAGUCACCAAGAAGAUGAUGGAGCUGCUGACAGGAGAGUAGAUGGACGGGAGAUGAGGAAAACCUCAGAGG